GGAAGGCGAAGACUGGAGAGAAAAUAUGCAGGGAUCACAGAUGCUGUGCCACCAACAGCACCUCUUAUUUCCCGGAAGCACCGGGAAUAUGAAACAUCACAAUGUCAGAGCUAAAAUCCCGGCAACCGGCACCAUCAGAGUCCGGCGACAAACAAUCUCUUCAGUAGCGGCGGCGCCACAUAAGCCUGAUCAGGUUACGCACUCAAUGCCACCACAGAAGGCGGAGGUAUUCAAGUCGCUCAACGGGUGGGCCACGGAAACGCUCCUCCCGUUUCUGAAGCCAGUGGAGCAAAUCUGGCAGCCGCACGAUUUCUUGCCGGACUCGUCCUUGUCGUCGGAUGAGUUCGAAGAGCAAGUGAGGGAGCUACGGAAGCGAACGUCUGAAUUGCCGGACGAGUACUUGGUAGUGUUGGUGGGUGACAUGAUCACGGAAGAGGCACUGCCCACGUACCAAUCCAUGAUUAACCGGCUUGAUGGGGUCAAAGACGAGACCGGAUCCAGCCCUGACCCAUGGUCCGUCUGGACUCGUAGUUGGACCGCCGAAGAGUGCAGGCACGGCGAUCUGCUCAAGACCUACCUCUUCCUCUCCGGUCGCGUCAAUAUGCUUUCGAUCGAGCGCACCAUUCAAUACCUCAUCGGUGCUGGCAUGGUACCGGGUUUAGAGAACAACCCAUAUUUGGGAUUCGUGUACACGUCAUUCCAAGAGCGAGCCACGUUCGUAUCGCACGGCAACACGGCCCGCUUGGCAAAGGAACGUGGGGAUACCGUGUUGGCACGUAUCUGCGGCACGAUUGCAUCGGACGAGAAGCGACACGAGAACGCUUACAUCAAGAUAGUGGAAAAGUUGCUGGAGGUGGACCCCUCAGAUGCCAUGUUGGGAAUCGCAGAUAUGAUGCAGAAGAAGAUUACGAUGCCGGCACAUCUGAUGUACGAUGGGAAGGAGCCGCGUCUUUUUGACCACUUCUCCGCCGUUGCACAGAGGAUCGGUGUAUACACAGCUGGGGAUUACGCAGACAUAUUGGAAUUCCUGGUUGGGAGGUGGAAGCUAGAGAAGCUAGAGGGCCUGAACAGUGAGGCGUGUAAGGCUCAGGAUUUCGUGUGUGGGUUGGCACCCAGGUACCGGAAGCUGCAGGAAAGAGCCCAGGAGCGAGCUCGGAAGAUGGAUCCGCAGACUGCGCGCUUCUCCUGGAUCUUUGACAAGGAGAUCACUUUGUAGUUUCUCUACCUUUCCAACUCUAGUCAGGAAAGAAUGAAAGGCCUAAUUG